ACGAAUUUUGCAUUGAGUUAUGGGUUGCGAUUUGAUCCUUUAUGUCGGCUGAGAUUAAAAUAAAAAGCUGGGCAAACCUAAAAUAACGUAUUAAUUACAUGUAAAUCUAAAAACGAUCACUGCAAUAUACUAACUAAAUUUCUGUGCAAAAAGUGACAGGGGGGGGAUUGUACACGAAACGAAAAAAGAAAUAACUUAUUUUGAACAGGCGGAAGUAUAAGAAAUAUAAAAGUGCUAUUUGUGUUCUCGCCCGCACUCUUCUUUCUCCAUCAGUUCUUUUCUGGUGCGCACAACGCUUCGCAGUGUUACCGCUUAACUAAAUACUUAACAUCAAUUUCCAAUUUCCAAAAUUUUAAACUCACCUGCCACUUAAAAAUAUUGGAAUUUUAAAUGUCACAACAUUCGAAAAAGGAUACGCCAACUACCCGAAGUCGCAAACAGCAGCAACAGCAACAACAAAAUGCUGAAAGUAUAAAACAAAAACCAAACGCUUCAGGCAACUCAUCAACUGCCAGCAGAAAGUCGAAUGGCGGUAUUCCUUGGUCCAGCAAUGCCGCCUCGCCGUCUGGUGGUAGCAUCACAUCAUCCGCUUCAGCUCCAGCACUUACACGCAAGAAAUCGCAGACGAAGUUGCAAAAAGAAAAGGAGCGCGCCGAGCGUGAGACGCUUGUGCUAUGGCGUCGACCGGUGCAAACUGUCAGAUAUUGUGGUCUUGAGUUGGUCACUCUAGUGCAGACCUCGUGGAAGCGGUUACUACAGCAACGUGGCUUACUCGCGGCUGUCUUAGUUUUAGGUACUUUACUCAGCUUUACUUGCUACCUGCCAGGACCGCAUCAACUUGUGUUGGACGUUGUGCGCCGCAAUACUUGGUUCUUUAUUUACUGGACAGGGUUAGGUGUACUUUCUUCGGUAGGUUUGGGUACAGGAUUACACACAUUUUUGCUGUACUUGGGACCACACAUAGCUAGUGUAACACUUGCUGCGUAUGAAUGCAAUUCGUUGAACUUUCCGCGACCACCAUAUCCCGAUGAUAUAAUUUGCCCGGAAGAGCCAUAUGUAAAGAAAGUGCCAAAUCUGUGGAUGAUUAUGAGUAAAGUGCGCAUGGAAGCAUUCCUUUGGGGUGCUGGUACUGCUUUGGGUGAGUUGCCACCAUAUUUUAUGGCAAAGGCAGCUCGUCUCUCUGGUUAUGACCCCGAUGAUGCUGAGGAGCUAGCUGAAUUCGAAGCGUUGAAAGCUAAACGUAAUCAGACGAAUUUGAGUUUGAUGGAUAAGGGCAAAUUGUUUAUGGAACGCGUGGUGGAGCGUGUUGGUUUCCUGGGAAUACUGGCAUGUGCGAGUAUUCCCAAUCCGCUCUUUGAUUUGGCCGGCAUCACAUGCGGUCACUUUUUGGUGCCAUUUUGGACUUUCUUCGGUGCUACGCUCAUCGGCAAGGCCAUCAUCAAGAUGCACAUACAGAAAGUAUUCGUUAUAAUUGCUUUUAAUGAGGCGUUGAUCGAACGUGCUGUCGAUUUACUUGGAAAGUUGCCCAUAUUUGGCAAAAAGCUGCAGGAGCCUUUCAAGGGCUUCCUCAAUAAUCAGAAGAAACACUUGCAUCGCCAACGCCAGCCAGCGGCCGAGUCGGGCAAUUUGCUGUCCAAAGUGUUUGAAACAUUCGUAAUUUGUAUGGUCUGCUACUUCAUAAUUUCGAUUGUGAAUUCUUUGGCGCAAAAUUACCAUAAACGCCUGCAUAAGAAGCACGUGAAAAAGGUGAAGAAGUCGAUAGGAAAAGAUUAGGAGAAGACGAAGAAUGCGGAAAGGAGUUAAAUUAGUUGAUAUAGCGUACGAUGAGGAAGCAGAAAAAGUACAUAAAAUAGAGCGUAGCGCAUGUGACUGAAUUAUUUAUCUGAAAGUGAUAAAAUCAUGAAUAAUGUGGAAAGUAAAUGAAAGAGUGGGGGAGUUUUCAAUCUACAUAAAUAUAUUCCGAGUUCAAAUGCCUUUGCGUCUACUAAUGUUGUGUUUAGCUAAAUUCCUAUUUGAGUAAAGGUGAACAAUCAUCGCAAUGAAAUAUUAUUAAAGAAUGGACCAUCAUCAAGGCAAAUUAAAUGUGAUUGAUGGUGAUUUAGUUAAAUUUUUAAUUUAAUUUGUGAAUGCUGAUUUACUUUAAAUUAUACAAAUAAUGUUAAAUAUAUUGAAGGUACAGCAGGAUAUCGAACAGCCUUAUGCUGAUUGAAUCAUAAGCAACUAGUCCUAAUUUGUAUGUAUGUAUAUACAAAAACAAACUAGUAGGAGCACAUCGAUUGAAGCUCAUUUUAUUUAAAAUUAAAGCCUAUUUCACAUGUGAGAUAUAUGGGUGUGUUUUGUGUGCAUUUAUUUUCAUGUUGGCAUGAAAUUUUUUUUUUCGAUUAUUAAAAAAAUAGGAAAAGGGUAAAAUAGAAGGUAUGUACAAUAGAGAAACAAAGGCGUAAUAUAUGUAUGUACAUGAAAAAAAUUUAACAAAAAAUACUAGGUUUAGACGCGUUGCACUUGUAUUCUAGCAAUAGUUGCGUGAUAAAUUUUAAUUAAAUAAAAUAAAUUUAAAGAAAAAAGUAAGAGUUAAGUAAAGUAUUCGGCCAAAAUGCAGAGGGAAAGUAGAAAUAAAAAAAAAAACUCCCUAGAGUGAAAAUAAAAAUACAUUUGCAAAAUUAUAUAGAAAAAGGUUUUUCAAAGAGCCUGUCGUG